UUAGAGAGCAGUCAUGUCGUCCUACUUUAUUUACAGUAUGAGCCACAUACCUAUUUAUCCAAACUCCUCCAGUCUAACUCCCUCAGUGGGUUUGAGUGGCAGUGGUCCCCACCUCAGAGAGAGGGGUUAUGUAAGGGCUCAGGCUGGGGGUAGUCCUGUGGCUGUGGGGUUGGAGAGGUUGUGGGACGUGUGGUGCAGGAGCAGGGAGGCUGAGGACGGUCCACGCAGACCAGAUCCAGUGCUCCUGUUAGAUCUUGUUGGGGACACAUGGAGCUCUCGGAGCGGUCACCCAUAGAGCAGCAGGGCCAGCGGCUGCACCUGAAGUUCUCCUGGACUCUGGUGGACACCAUGAACUACGUGGGGCAGCUGGCGGGCCAGGUGCUGGUGACAGUAAAGGAGCUGUAUAAGGGGAUUAAUCAGGCAACUCUGUCGGGCUGCAUCGACGUGAUCGUGGUGCGACAGCCUGACGGGACGUUCCAGUGCUCCCCUUUCCACGUCCGCUUCGGUAAACUGGGAGUGCUGCGCUCCAGGGAGAAAGUGAUUGACAUAGAAAUCAAUGGAGAACCUGUGGAGCUACAAAUGAAGCUUGGAGACAACGGAGAGGCCUUUUUUGUUCAGGAGCACAAUGACAUCGUCCCGGCCCACCUGGUGACCUCGCCCAUCCCCACAGAGGAGCUUCAGUUCCGGAGCAGGGAGCCCAGAUGUGGGGGAUCAGCGGCGGAGAUCGGUCUGAGUCCGGAGGACCCGGCCUCUGGAAACAUCCAGCCCUGCUCCAGCUCAGGAGGCAAGAAGAAGAAGAGGCGCCGGAGGAAGCACAAAGCUGAGCCACGCAAGGAGGAGCAAGCGGCCACAGCUGCAGGCGGAGAGCUGGAGCUGUGUGAGCUCAGUUCAGACGAGGAGCUCAAUGCACACAACGGACGGGCGUCUUCUCUCUCCACGGUGAACAGCAAUGACCACAGACAACCUUCCCCCUUCACCGCCCUCGAAUGGGACAGCUACCCCUUCUCUGACGGCGACUGGUCCCCCUGCUCCACGAGGGAGAUGUCCGAGCCCAUGUCCCCCAAGAGCGACUCCGAGCUGAUGGUGAAGUCGACAGGGAGCGCGCUCAGGGCCGAGUCCCACAUGCAGUGGACGUGGGGGGAGUUUCCAGAAUCUACCAGGGUCAACAAGAAGGACAAACCCGUGCCAAAGGUGUUGACCAUCACUCCCUUGGGGAAAACACAUUUCAGGGUUAUCUUGAGCUCCGAAGAGAUGGAGGAGGGGUCGAGGGAAAGAGCGAGGGACACGUAUCCCAUUUGCAGUAUUGUUAAACCAGAGCCUCGCACCAUCAAACCACAGCCCGCUGGAGCUUCGCAGCACGAUACAAACAUCGAACAGCACCAACCCGACCUCUCAAAUUCAGCGUGCAGCAGUUUCACCUCUGAGCCGUUUCAGAAUAACUCCGACCCCAACACAAAAAAUGAGCGGAAGACCCGGUGGACGUCCUCGCCGCCCGGCCGCAGGGAGAGCCGCUCUGCUGCCAGCGGAGGCAGCAGAGCGGCCGGAGACUCUUCGGCAGUUUGUGUCGAGACAGAAGCUUCGUCCAAACCCACAGACUCCCCUUUGGGCAGGAGAGCAGACUCGUCUUCGUUUCACUCAGGUGUGAGGAAGAGGAGUCAGCAUCAGGGCCCUGAAGACAUUUACCUGGACGAUCUGAACGCACUCGAGCCGGAUGUGGUCGCCCGCUACUUUCCCAAGAGUGAGUCCGAGCAGGUUCCUAAACACUGGGUGGAGAUGGGACGGCGCUCUGGGUCUCAGUCGCCACAGUCGGUGGGCAGCGCCGCAGCGGACAGCGGCACCGAGUGUCUGUCCGACUCUGCCGGCGACCUCCCUGACGUCACGCUGUCGCUGUGCGGAGGCGUGGGCGAGAACUGUGAGAUCCCUAAAGAAAAAUUCAUGGAGCACAUCAUCACCUACAACGAAUUCGUAGAGAAUCCAGGGAUCAUUGAUAAUCCUAAUCUGGUGGUGAGGAUUGCAAACAGGUAUUACAACUGGACUCUGGCAGCACCGUUGAUACUCAGCAUGCAGGCUUUCCAGAAGAAUUUACCCAAGGCGACAGAGGAGGCCUGGGUGAAGGAGAAGAUGCCCAAAAAGUCCGGACGCUGGUGGUUCUGGAGGAAGAGCAGCGUGAAGCAGUCGUCAACAGAGACAAAGCUAGAGAGACAGGAGUCGCUGACCAGGGAGAGUCCAGCCCUGCACCAGGCCCCAGAAACACAGCACAAAACAUCCGAGUGGUCGAGCGAUGACGAGACUAAAGAGCUCAACGCCGCGGCACCUGCUCUGAUGCCUAAUGAGCGUGAGCAGACAGAGGACCCGGCGCCUUGUCCCUCCUACAAGAAAUCCCUCCGCCUCUCGUCUGACCAGAUAUCCAGGCUGAAGCUCAGGGACGGGCCUAAUGACGUCAGCUUCAGCAUAACCACGCAGUACCAGGGCACGUGCCGCUGCGUGGGAACCAUCUACCUGUGGAACUGGGACGACAAGGUCAUAAUCUCCGACAUCGACGGCACCAUCACCAAAUCCGACGUGUUUGGUCAGAUUCUGCCUCAGCUUGGCAAAGACUGGACUCACCAAGGCAUCGCUAAGCUCUACCACUCAGUGCACGAGAACGGGUACAAGUUCCUGUACUGUUCGGCCCGAGCGAUCGGCAUGGCUGACAUGACGCGGGGAUAUCUGCACUGGGUGAACGACAGGGGGACCCUCCUGCCUCAGGGGCCCCUCAUGCUCUCCCCCAGCAGCCUCUUCUCUGCCUUCCACAGAGAGGUCAUAGAGAAGAAGCCGGAGAAGUUCAAGAUCGAAUGUCUCACCGACAUCAAGAACCUGUUCUUCCCAAACACGCAUCCCUUCUACGCAGCCUUCGGAAACAGAGACAGUGACGUCUUUGCCUACAAGCAGGUGGGUGUGCCCGUGUUCCGGAUAUUCACCGUGAAUCCCAGAGGGGAGUUAAUCCUCGAGCAAGCCAAAGGAAAUAAAACAUCUUACAGUCGGCUGAGCGAGCUGGUGGAGCACGUGUUUCCUCUGCGGAGCUCUGAGCACAGCGCCACCUUCAGCUGCCCAGAGUUCAGCUCCUUCUGUUUCUGGAGGCAGCCGAUCACCGAGCUGUGUUUAGAGGAGCUGCUGUAACUCAGACUGGUGCUAAUGUUAUUGAUUCAUUACUUGAAAUCAACUGAACUGAGCUGUGAUCUAUUUUACACAUCUGUAUGCACUGACUUCAAACUGACUGAAUCCAGUCUCUCCUCCACACACCGACUCAAGCACUUAUUUAGUCAGUGGAGGUUAAACUUUUCUUAGAAUGUGAUCAGUAUGAAAUUUAAGUACUUGACUGAAGUGGAACAUUAUCUGCCUGACUUAGGAACCAAACAUCCAGUACAUGGAGUAUUUAUCGCCCUAGACGUCCCAUUAAAGGCCUUAUUUGCUCUGUGAUGGUUAUUUACUGUAUAUGAAUCAUAUAUCUCUGCUCCAGAGCUUUAGGAUUUUGCAAUAUGAUGCUAAGGAGAAAUGUGAAAUGAUUUUUCACAGGUGAGAAUUUGUAGAAUCUGGAGGAAAAAGUUCUUUCUGAACUGGAGCUGCUGCUGCUGCUAGUUAAAGUAUUACAUCAAGAAAAACUGUUUUUGACAAAUUCUGGAACUCAUCUUUGAGACAUUUCUGCCGGACUUGUGAGAGCUGCAGUAUGAUAUUAAUGUUCUGCCAAUUUUCUUUCCAUGCUCGGUAACAGCUGCUGGUUAAAUUGAAUGCCUUCUUUCUAUGAAAGUGAUAAACUUUGUGUGACAGGAACACACAGUAUUAACUCUUUAGUUUUACUUUGUGAAACUUUACAAUGAAGAACUUUUGCUGCUGCUGCUGCUGGAUGUGUUUCCUGCUGAUGUUUCUACCUUGUGUUGAUCCAAGGUGUCAAACCUAUAGAUUCUUGUGUGUGUAAAGUGUUGUCACUGUAAAAGUGUUCAAUAAAAAGUAUUUUGUUGAAUGGUU